GCUUGAGGAGUUGAAGCUGCGCGAGUAACAGUAGUGGAAAACUCCACCAACAGCGAAUUCCUUCAUUAAACAGAUUUCUGUUCUGUGACACUCACAUUAAGCGGAUUCCAUGUGUUUGGAUCAGACGGAAACUUUUGUUUAGAAGUGAGAGCCUACUCUGCUCUGAUUGGUCAGAUGUCCCAGUCUGUUGUGAUUGGUCUACCACUUAGUGCAGUGUUUGAGGGUGGGUCAAAGCUGUUCGUGAGCAGCCAACGAAGACCAGAGGUGUUUGCUGUAAUGAUGCCAUCCUGUACUCCUCUUCUAUUGGCUGUCUCAUGCUGUGUGAUUGCUCUGUCAACAUCACUUAACCUGGAUGAUCCCAACGUCUGCAGUCACUGGGAGAGUUACUCUGUCACCGUGCAGGAGUCGUAUGCGCACCCGUUUGAUCAGAUCUACUACACCAGCUGCACAGACAUCCUUAACUGGUUCAAAUGCACUCAACACAGGGUGAGCUACAGGAUGGCGUACCGCAGGGGUGAGAAGACGAUGCAUCGACGCAAGUCUCAAUGCUGUGCAGGAUUCUAUGAGAGCAGAGAUAUAUGUGUCCCUCACUGUGCUGAGAAAUGUGUGCACGGCCGCUGCAUGGCCCCCAACACCUGUCAGUGUGAGCCGGGCUGGGGCGGAGCCGAUUGCUCCAGUGCGUGUGACAGCAGCCACUGGGGUCCUCACUGCAGCAACCGGUGUCAAUGUCAGAAUGGCGCGCUGUGUAACCCCAUCACUGGAGCAUGCAUCUGUGCACCAGGGUACCGCGGCUGGCGCUGCGAGCAGCUCUGUGAUCACAGCACCUACGGCAACAACUGCCAACAGACGUGCCAGUGCCAGAACAAUGCCACGUGUCACCACAUCACAGGAGAGUGUGUUUGCAGCCCAGGAUACACAGGAGCAUUCUGUGAGGAUCUGUGUCCUCCAGGUAAACAUGGGCGUCAAUGUGAGGAGCGCUGCCCGUGUCAGAACAGCGGUGUGUGUCAUCAUGUGACGGGAGAGUGUUCAUGUCCUGCCGGCUGGAUGGGGACAGUGUGUGGUCAGCCGUGUCCUGCAGGGCAUUUCGGUAAGAAUUGUUCACAGGAGUGUCAGUGUCAUAAUGGCGGAAGCUGCUCGCUGUCCACUGGACAGUGUGUGUGCACUGCAGGAUACACUGGAGACAGGUGUCAGGAUCAGUGUCCAGUGGGCAUGUAUGGUGCGGGCUGCAGUCAGUCGUGUCACUGUGUAAACGGAGCACAGUGUUAUCACAUCAGUGGCGAGUGUCUGUGUGAGGCGGGUUACACCGGCGAGAGCUGUGAGCAGCGCAUCUGUCCUGAUGGUCUGUACGGACUCAAAUGUGACAGGAAGUGCCCGUGUCAUGCCAAAAACACACGCAGCUGUCAACCGAUGUCGGGCGAGUGUUCGUGUGAGUCGGGCUGGUCUGGUUUGUACUGUAAUGAGACAUGUGCUCCUGGUUUCUAUGGUGAGGUGUGUCAGGAGGUGUGUCACUGUCAGAACGGUGCCGACUGUCACAGCGUGACGGGGGAGUGUAUCUGUGCACCCGGAUUCAAGGGCACAGACUGCUCGUCACCCUGCCCCGCUGGCACAUACGGCAUCAACUGCACCUCUGUGUGCUCCUGUAAGAAUGCAGACAUCUGCUCACCCAUAGACGGAUCAUGCUUCUGUCAAGCAGGUUGGCACGGGGUGGAUUGCUCCAUUAACUGCCCCAGUGGCACGUGGGGUUUGGGCUGUAACCUGACGUGUGUGUGUGGUAACCAUGGUGCAUGCAGCGCUCUGGACGGUGGGUGUACGUGUACUGCAGGCUGGAGAGGAGACCGCUGUCACCUGCACUGUCAGGAUGGUACAUAUGGAUUGGACUGCCGUGAGCGCUGUGACUGCAGUCAUGCAGAUGGGUGUCACCCGGAAACCGGACACUGCCGCUGUCUGGCGGGCUGGACAGGCAUUCAUUGUGACAGUGUGUGUGCUGAAGGCCGCUGGGGGCCCAACUGCUCUCUGUCCUGUAUCUGUAAGAAUGGAGCAUCGUGUUCACCUGAUGAGGGGGCGUGUGAGUGCGCACCUGGAUUCAGAGGAAACACCUGCCAGCGCAUCUGUUCUCCAGGUUUCUUUGGCCAUCGCUGUAGUCAGGCGUGUCCGCAGUGUGUCCAUAGCAACGGCCCCUGUCACCAUGUGAGCGGCCAGUGUGACUGUCUGCCGGGGUUUAAAGGGCCGCUCUGCAACGAAGUGUGUCCCAGUGGCAGGUUCGGUAAGAACUGUGCAUGGGGUUGCAGUUGCACUAAUAAUGGCACAUGUAACCCCAUUGACGGCUCGUGUCAGUGUUAUCCCGGCUGGAUCGGCAGUGACUGUUCACAGCCUUGUCCUCCUGGUCAGUGGGGUCCGAACUGCAUCCAUACAUGUAACUGUCAUAACGGAGCGUUCUGCAGUGCAUAUGACGGCGAGUGUAAGUGUACAGCCGGCUGGACGGGUCUGUACUGCACACAACGCUGUCCGCUGGGUUUCUAUGGUAAAGAAUGUGUUCAGGCGUGUCAGUGUGAGAACGGCGCUGACUGUAAUCAUAUCUCCGGUCAGUGCACGUGUCGCACCGGCUUCAUGGGACGACACUGUGAACAGAAGUGUCCCGCCAGCUCAUAUGGUUACGGCUGUCGUCAGAUGUGUGACUGUCUCAAUAACUCCACCUGUGAUCACAUGACUGGCACCUGCUACUGUAACCCCGGCUGGAAAGGCACUCGCUGUGAUCAGGCUGGUGUGAUCAUUGUAGGUAAUCUGAACAGUCUGACCAGCACUGCUCUUACUGUGGACUCGUAUCAGAUUGGAGCGAUUGCUGGAAUCAUCGUGCUGGUGCUGCUAGUGCUCAUUCUCCUCCUCCUCUUCAUCAUUUACUGCAAGAAACAGAAAUGCAAAGAAUCCACCAUGCCCACAGUCACCUAUACUCCCAACAUGAGAGCCAACAGUGACUACGCCAUCGCAGAGUCACUGCCACAGACUAAUGACGUCCUUCCCAACAGUAAUUAUUUCUCCAACCCCAGUUAUCACACAUUGACCCAGUGCACCAGCCCACCUCACAUCAACAACCUGCCCUAUGGAAAGCCAAAGAAUAACCAGUUGUUUGUGAACCUAAAAAACGCUGGGCCAAGGAAACGGCUUUCACUGCUUGAUCACACAGGAACUCUACCAGCUGACUGGAAACAGGGCGGAUCUCUCAACGAGCUCGGAGCAUACGCCGUUGACAGGCGUUACAUGGGAAAAUCACUUCGAGACCUUGUGAAGAGUGUGCCCUAUCAUGCCAGUUCCUGCUCUCUCAAUAGUUCAGAGAACCCGUACGCCACAAUCAAAGACCCUCCUCUGCUAAUGGCCAAGACCUCUGAGUGCGGUUACGUGGAGAUGAAGUCUCCCGCUCACAGAGACUCACCAUAUGCUGAGAUACACGGCUCGAGUCCUACCAACAAAAAUGUAUAUGAAGUUGAGCCGACCAUUAGUUCUGUCCACACACUCUCUAACAACAACUACAAUGGACCAUUUUGUCAAGAUCCAUAUGACCUACCAAAGAACAGCCACAUCCCAUGUCAUUAUGACCUAUUACCCACGAGAGACAGCACCUCCUCACCCAAUGAGGACAUGGACAGCAAAUAAGCAGCCUUCAAGGAACAUACACCUGUAACAUGAUCAUUUGAUACAUGUCUCCACAUCUAUUUUUUUGUCAUGGAUUGUUAUAAUCAUUCUUAGGCCACGUCCACAUUAAUAUGUUUUCAUUUGAAAAUGCAUCUUUUUCUCUAUGUUUUGGUCUUCCGUCCACACCGAGACUGCAUUUUUGACAGAGAAAUCUGAACUUUUCGAGAAUGCUCUCCCAAGUGGUUACAUUUGAUUUGAUUUUUGCAUUGUAGUGUGGACAGGGAAAACGGAGAUAUAUGAAAACAACUAUGUAUUUGUUGUUAUGUGACGCAGUCAUGUGAUCCAUUCAGCCCAAAACAAUCAAGAUGGCGGCCCAUGUUGUAGCGGCAUUGUUGUGCCUGAUAUUCACAUUGAUAGUGUUAUCAACCUUUGUACAACCUUCACAUUACAUUUCUUCAAAGACGAAGGGAAGUUUAUUUGAAAUUGCUGUCCAGCGAUGGAACACAAGGAUGAUUACGCUUCAGACCAUACAUGGAAUGGCGAUUUUUUGCAUAUAAGGGGAUUUAAGAGUUUCCAUAUGUUUCAGUGUGCUUUGGAAAACGCUUGAAUACGGCAGUGUGGGCGGAGAGUGUUUCGAAAAUGAAAACUGUGUUUUCAAAUGUAUCCGGAGUAAUGUGGAUGUAGCCUUAAUUGCUUCUGAAUUACAAACGUUGAAGCAUUGUAAAACAAUGAAUAGUUAUAUUAAAAACAGGUAUGCUUAGACUUAUCCAUCCUCUGGGGGAAUAAAAGGUCUUUCAAUGGAGGAAGCAAACAUUCAAAUUCACGGCAUUAACUUGAUUCAUUUGAACAUAAGCAAAUCAUUUCAUUCUUCAGUAACAACGCAUCGCACAAAUACAGAACAGUCCUCUGCAUUUCUGUAACAUUUAUAUAUAUAUAUAUAUAUAUAUAUAUAUAUAUAUAUAUAUAUAUAUAUAUAUAUAUGUGUGUGUGAUUAUUCCAUAUUAGACAUUUCCUUUUAUUCUGAUUUUCAGUAUUUAGUAUAGUAGCACUGUUUAUUAAGAGCAAACUUUCAGCUCAGUGUUACUUUAUUGAACAUUUUCUUUUUUUGUUGUUGUCUGAAAGCAUUUCAGGUUUACCAAAGAUUGAUGUGCUAUGAUGAAGUAGUAUUUUUGUUGUAUUUAUAUUGACAGUCGUCCAUUAAGUAUAGAUUACAGUCGCCAUUUCCAAGAUUAUUAUUGGGGGGGUCUUGUGCCUUUUGAUUUUAGUCCUUUAAAAACUCUUAGUGAUCACUGAAAUGAAGAUCAAAUACUUUAUAGUUUGUAGUAAGUGAGCUGAAGCUGGACUUUUGUGAAGAAAUCUGUAUGUUCAUGUGACAUGAGGUCAGUUGGAUAUGGAUAAGAGUAUUAAGGACGUUCAUAUGUGUUAAAGUCAUAUGUGAGUCUUAAAACACUCUGAGCCUUUAUAAGAAAUGUAAUUGUAUAAAUCUGUAUAUAGUGCCAAUUCUUUUAUGAAUUGCAAUUAUUUUCUUUGAAAAUGUAACAUUAAAUUCCUCUGUAACUUUACCAAUACUGUUUAAUGCAGGACUUGCGGUGAAGACAUCAUUCCUCUACUGACUUAACUCAAUGUACUGUUUUCCUUUGAAAUUUUGUACUUUUACUUCACUAAAUAUGCCACACAAGACACGGUAAAUAAUACUGGUUCCAAAAGGGAAUUAAAAUGUGGAACAACUGCAGUGUGUUUGAGUGUGUAUGUAUGUAUCUUUCAAACUAUAUCAUUGUUUUAUUUUUGUGUUUUUUAAGAAAUACAUAAAGUUGCACAGCUGUUGUUAUUUUGCCUUCCUAAAGAGCUCCAAGACAAUUAGCCUAUAUAUGUACCUUGCAACCAUGUUUUUUCACAUACUUUGAAUAUUUGCAUUUUAGCUGUAAUAUACUGGAUAUGCAAUUGUGCUUUAAAAUAAAAUGAUAAAAGUGUGUCAAGUUGGCAGUAGGGUGGUGUGAGUAAUAAAUAUAAAUUAGCAUCAUUGUAAAUAUUUAAAUAGUGAGAAUGUCUCAGGCAUAAAAUCUCCUAAAAAAAAAACUGUAAAAUGAUUAAAUAAAACAAUUUUACUUUUACAAACUAUUGUAAAUGGUCUGAAAGCAGUGUGAGGGUUAAGUGUUACUACUCCACCAAUGCUUACAAUACUAUUCAAAUCCAUAUUGUAGUGUUUGAAUCAUUCUUUUGUAUCAGUUCCUUGAUGAAUAAAUUGCUCAAACUGAAUUGGUCUGAACUGAACUCAGAGUUAUCAGGUGAUCAUAUUAAAAGAAUAUUCCAGGUUCAAUACAAGUUAAGCUCAGUGAUAAUGUUAGUAAAAAAAAAAAAAAACAAAUCACCAAAACAAUCAUAAUUUAGUGAUAUAUGAUCAUUUUCCACACUGUUUUUGGCCCUCUGUCUGAAACACUAGGUUUUGUCUUAAGUGCUUCCUUAAAACUUCAAUGUAAAUGCCCAGUAUUAUGAUUGGCUAACAUCAUGCAGCCCCUCAAAUACAGCCAUAUUUGAAACUCAAUCUGAACAGAAUGAACAGCCCCACAAUAUAAUAAAACUACAUUGCAGGGGUUACACAUAAUGCACACUCAACAAAUUGCAUUUGAAUAUGUUAAACAGUUCAUCUCAAGCACAACUGUUAUAACUCAACAGCAUAAACUAUCAAACAGUCAUGAUAUUUGAAAUAGUCAUGAAUGAAUUUGUUUACUUACAGUUUUGCGAUCAUGUCCAAGUAUUUUAACUGCCCCAUCCAUCAAUAACAGUUCCUUUGUAAAGAUUGAAUAAUUUUAUGACUGUUCACAAGCAAUCCAUGCCGAAAAAUGUAUAAUCGACGCUGAAAUACACUGAAGACAUAUCCACAUGACAUGGUCCAAAGCACAAUGAAGACACACACAUUUCCAGUUUCCAGUAUCAUCGUGCACUGAAAUGCACAUAGCCAGAAAUGAUCAAAGACGUCCACCUAGCCCAUGUUUUUACACCAACAAUUAGGGUGCUUUCACACUUGGUUCGAUUGCUUGGGCCGAACCCGAGUUCUGAA